AUGAUUGCUCCCAAAACAAUUUCCAUUAUCGGCGGGCUAGACCUAGAUCUUAUUAUUAUUGCCAAUCGUUUGCCUAAUGGAGGUGAAAGUCUCUUGGCAAAUGAGUACUUGGAAGCUCUAGGAGGAAAAGGUGCAAAUUCUGCCAUUGCGACUUACCGAGCCUGCCACAGGAAGCCUAUGGAUAUGCACGAUCCUCCACAGGUUGGGCAAGUAGACGAGGUAGAUAAUGCCAUUCACGUCGAAGGGAAAAUUGCCGAAACUCGAGAACAAGCCUCACAUAUCGCCACAAGUAACAGCCUCGACGAUGAUGUUGAAAUCAAUGUUAGGAUAGUCGGUGCAGUUGGAGACGAGAAAUACGGUGAAAGACUUUACGUCGAACUCAAGGAAAGCGGUGUUGACGCUUCUGGCAUCAUCACCGUUCCUAAUACCCAAUCUAGCAUCUGUUUUGUGAUAGUUGACAACUACACGCGCGAGAAUAGAUGUCUAUUCACCCUCGGAGCAACCGCCACAUGGAAGAAGAUCAUUUCCUCAAAGUGGAAGAUCUUGCACAUGGUGUACGACCGGACCUCUGCAUUGCUCAAAUGGAGAUACAUAAGGAAGUGGUCGAGCAGAUGA